ACAGGCAAAAUCGUCAUAUGUCACGGGCGACAUUGUUCGAAGAGUUGCUGUUUGGGUGCGCGCACACACACCCGCUCUCUCCAGUCUACACAAGCAGACAAUUUCGUUUCUCUCAGAAGAAUUGGCCAUGGCGAGCAGCGGGAGUGUACGAAUGAUAGACAUUGCCGUCAACUUCACAGAUGGAAUGUUCGGAGGAAUUUACAACGGGAAGCAAUAUCACGUUGCUGAUAUUGCCGCUGUGCUUAGUAGGGCUUGGAGCGCCGGAGUCGAUCGGAUUAUUGUGACAGGGGGCUCCCUUGAGGAGUCAAAAGAAGCUCUUGCUAUUGCUGAAACUGAUGCAAGACUUUUCUGCACAGUUGGGGUACACCCAACAAGAUGUAAAGAAUUUGAUGAUAGUGGUGAUCCAGAGAGACAUUUUCAGGCUCUUUUGUCGUUGGCUAGAGAGGGAGUUGACAAAGGAAAGGUGGUGGCAGUUGGGGAAUGUGGAUUGGAUUAUGAUAGGCUUCAUUUCUGCCCAGUCGAAAUUCAACAAAAGUACUUCGAGAAGCAAUUUGAGUUGGCAUAUGCUAUGAAGUUGCCAAUGUUUCUCCACAUGCGAGCAGCGGCUGAGGAUUUCUGCAAUAUUCUCGAGCGAAACAAACAUAGAUUUUUCUCUGGGGUUGCUCACUCUUUUACUGGUAGUGCCGAAGAUCGUGAUCGUCUUCUUUCAUUCGAUAAUCUAUUCAUAGGCCUAAAUGGUUGCUCUUUGAGAAAUGCCGAGAAUCUUGACGUUGUGAAGGGAAUUCCUCUUGACCGGCUGAUGAUUGAAACUGAUUCCCCAUAUUGUGAAAUCAAGAACACACAUGCUGGUAUUAAAUAUGUACAAUCUACAUGGCAGUUCAAGAAGAAGGAGAAGUAUGACCCAGAGUGCAUUGUCAAAGGUCGCAAUGAACCUUGCUUAGUGCGCCAAGUACUUGAGGUGGUGGCUGGUUGUAAAGGUAUAGCAGAUAUUGGUCAGCUUGGCAAAGCAAUGUACCACAACACCUGCAGGGUUUUCUUUCCACAAGAUUUGGAUUCGGCUGCAGAUGCUAUUCUUGCCUCGGGUCAGAAUACUUAAUGAAGAUUUUCUUUCGUUCUCGACGAAAAUGAACCAAGAUUAUCUUAUUGGCAGUGUAGAAAAGGGCAAAUUGAAUUCUGAUGUUCAAAAAUUUGUUGGUUCUUGUUCUGUUAAUCUGUGCCUAAUUCUUAUUGGCUUUAGACGUAACUUGAGUUUUAUCUUUUCAUUUUCUUUUUCCCCAACCACGAAAUAAUAAUUUUAUUUUCUUGUGACUAAAAUUUAAAGUUGAGGUGGCUUGUGGAUGUA